AUGGGUAAGUACACCGGCUCGCUGGCUAAGCUCCCAAUCGUGGAUCCAGCCGAUACGCUCCUUAAUGCUGACCGCUAUUGGGUUAACCUGACUUCCGUCGGCCUUACCUUUCCCAACGGCACUAGCGGGCUGCUGGCGUUAGGUGAAAUGCCUGUGUUCCUGGAUAGCGGCGGUACCUUCUCGCGCUUCUUUAACGAGACCUUCUUUGCGAUUGGGGAUGCGUUUCCAGGGGCCUUUUGGAAUGAGACUAUCGGCUACUAUAUUAUUGACAAUGAGGAACCGGUUCUCGGCGACUCCUUCCUGCGUGCAGCCUAUGUGGUCUACGACCAGGACAAUGCGAACCUGCAUCUAGCACAGGCCGAAGACUGCGAUGAGAACAUCAUACCCAUCGGAUCUGGACCCGACGCCGUUCCAUCCAGUACAGGCCAAUGCACCGGCCCCACUGGCACAGUGGCGAGUAGCCCCCUCUCCGGCAGCACGACCGCGACCAUGUCUAUACCGACCUCAACGGGUGGAUCUGGGUGUGAAAUGACCAGUUCGGUGGGCACGGGAAGCACUGUGAUGACCGGUGUCCCCACAGAGACCAGCGGGGCGACAGCUACCGAGUCUGCUGUGGAAAGUUCGACGGAAGGGGCUUCUACAGGAACGUCCACUGAGACCGGUGCUACGAGCACGAGUACCGCCGUGCAGGUCAAUGUCAUGGCGAGAGAGACUAGCAAUCCCAUGGCUGCCUUUGCGUUGGCGGCGGCGGCGGCGGCCGUACUUCUCAUUUGA